UCUAAGCUGUGUUUUGUGGUGAUUUUUGAUUUUUAGUGCUGUUUAGAAUUGUCGACAAGUGUUGCUGGGUGUUUGAUGUGCGCUAGGGAAGAGCUAGGCGCUUAGGUUGAGGUUGUCUCAUUGGUCCUCUUUCGUGAAGUUUGAAACCAAACCAAGUGUGGUGCCACGAAAAUAGACUUUGUAGAAGUGUGAACAGAAGGGUAGGCGGUUUGAAUUUCAUCCCACCAACUUAUGGACACUUUUAAAAGCAAAGUUGUGUUGUGCGACAAAGUGUGGCACAGAUUACGCCGUACCGACAGUGUGUAUCCUUCAGGCUUCAAAAGUUCAAACCCACAAAAACCAAAUCAAUCCCCCAGGAAAACAAAAGUAAACCAUCAAAGCAAUCGACGGUGGGGAAGACAGUAAAAGUGUGUCUACCACGGAGUCCGCAGUUGGAGAAGGUUUUGACACAUACGCACCCAAACGCCGCAUAGUGUGUUACGUCAGCUGAAUGAGUGAGUGGAAAGGUGAGAAAACCAACAACAACAACAACAACAACAGAAAGAAAAAUCAAAAUUUUGCCGGUUGAAAAGCAGAACCAACAUUAAAGAUAAACGGUACAAAAUUCUGCACUGAAAACAGUGCUCUAGUGUUCUAGGUGAAGUUUACAAACGUAAAUAAUAUUGUGCAAGCUUCUGUGUGAGUGCAACAGUGGUCCUUAAAAAUACCCAAACCGCCCAAGGUUGUGCCGACAAGUGAAGAAGAAGCGAGAGGCAUCUUCUUUGAAGAAUGCCUGUGAAGGAAGAAAAACGGUGCUAAAAUUGCAAAUGCAAGCAACCGAGCGUGAAAGCAUCGGAACGCCAGUCCUUGGGCCAGCAUAUCCUGGUGACCCGAUUUAAAACCGAGCUCCCCUGUACGACCGCACGGGGGAAUUUGAAUUGCAAACAAACGUGUGAAGAGCCUCGCGGCGGCGCUCCGUUGAACGGUCGGUUGGAACCAAACCGACCAGCCUUGAGCAACAGGCAGCGAAGCGGAGAGGAGAGUCGCAGAGAGCUGUGGAGUGCAAAAGAGUGUCAUUGUGGUGGCCAAGUGCUUUCUCUCUUGCUCUGUGUAUGUGUCUGCGAGUGUGUGUGUGUGUGUGUGAGUGCGCGCGUGUGUAUGUGUUCCUAAGUUGGACACAGGAUCCACUGUGUCUUGUGGUGUGUAGUGUGAAGGCAGCACAACACAAUCCCAGAUGCUAACCGUCCACGUGUUAAUGUAAUCCUUCAUUCGUGUGUUUCUGUGUGCGUCUCCGUGGCCGUCCGUUCGUGCGUGCGUGCCACGGCCUUGUGUGUGUGUGUGUGUGCGCGCGUGUGUCGGCAAUGUGGUGCGGCAGGUGCGACACCGCCAGUUCACAAUCGAGCGAGGAUCGCGGCCGCCUGCCGUCGACCAGGCGCUCCGCCACGGUGUGUUGCUUGCCCGCGGUCCUAUGCUACGGCCUGCCGAAUGCAACCUGCGCGCCCCGCCACCCAGUACUGCACUAUUGAAGAAGCAAACACAAAACCCACGAGAAAGAAAGUACAAUGAGGCCAAAUAAAUACGAUGGUAUCACAGCUAACCGUCUAUGCCAAGAUUUUGUGCCUCCUGAUGACAUUAUUCAGUGCAGGAGCAUCAACGGGGAACGACCAACAUCUGCAAUCAGCGUGCAAUCUAAAGUUUCUACGUGCCAAAAACGGUUCCGUGUUCGCCGACGACAACUUGGAGAAUGGUCAACCACAGAUUUUCAGUGUCGUUGCCACGAAAAUACGCGACAAUCGGGUUGCCGUGACGAUCUACUCCAAAGAGACGAAUUCGUACAUCUGCUUCGACAAAAACUGGCGCACCAAGGCGAUGCGUGCCAAAGGGAACAUCUCCAAGCGGUGCAUGUUUAUCGAGAACAUCGAAAAAUCGGGCGCCAUCCGGUACCGGUCGGUGGUCAACAAGAACCGCUCCCUCGGCUUCCAGAAGAACGGUAAACCGAUCGGGCCAGCGCGGGCCGGCAGCCGGAAGCGACCGAUCGACGAGCGGUGCUACACCUUCAACCCGUCCGAUGUGGGCACGAAGCAUCAGGACGUACUGUCGCAGCCACCACCAGCACCACCACCCCCAUCACCACCACCACCACGGAAGCCGGAAGCGAAUCUUCCAUCACGUUCACAGCCACCGCCAUCACCGUCACCACCACUACCGCCCCAGCCACGCCACCGGCACCAUCGGCAGCAGGACGUCGCGUCGCGCAAGGAUGCGUCGGUCGGGGAGGCGAACGCCAGCGGCAACUCGCUGCUAGCGGCCGGGCCGUCGCCCGACCAGCACCGACAGUCGCCGACGAACCGGCACCGGCACAAACACGGGCUGGUCGGGCGAACGGGCGGUGGCAAGAACCACCAGCACCAACACCAGCAGGCAGCAGCAGCAGGACACCCGAAUCUCGAUACUGGCGCGACCGGAGCGAUCGCGCCCACCCUGUCCUCGCUGUACGGCGCCAUGCUGGAUGACCGUGGGCCGCUGGUGCGGGCCUACGGCAAGGGUACGCACCGCCGCAGCCACCUCAACUCGUACGCGUCCGCCCCGGGCGAACUGGCGGCACCGUCGCUGCCCGCCGCCAUCGUCACCAAGCUGCCGCCAAAGGGGGCGGGAGGAGGAGCGCCCGCCGGCAGUGGCAGCCUGCUGCUGGACGUCGUCGGCAACGGCGGACUCUUCCGCAAGGAGCCGGCCAAUGGUCGCAGCCAGGCGGGAGGAGGAGGAGCAGCAGCAGCAGCGAGUGGGCGGAAAAAGUCGGCCGUCAGGAACGCGCCACCCUCCAGCAAGCAGCAGGGAGCGAGCACGCGAGGGAGAGACAAAAGGGCGUCGGGUUGAGCAGCCGGGCCCGUCGUUUCCACCCGCCGCCCACUCGACUCAACCGAAAAACCCACCCACCAUCCCCGUUCUCACCGCCCCAUCCGCGUCUUUGCGAGGGGAUGGCCCCACCUUUACAACAACAACAACAACAACAACAACAAAAAUCCGCUUGUUGGAGCUUUAGCCCCAUUUUCUCUAUUAGUGUUCACACAUACACACCCACAUGCACAGGAGCAGGACAGGAAGAAAGCAGCGAACCGUGACCGAUUCGGAGGGAGUGUGUGUGUAUGUGUGAGAGAGAGUGUUUGUGUGUAAAACGAAGAAUGGUUAGCAUAUUACUAUACUAUUAUUAUAUUAAUAUUAUUAUUAUGAUUAUUAAUAUUAUUAUUAUUAUUAUUAAAAUUAUGCCAGGUAUGCUAAGUAUGAUAAUAUAUGUAUACACACACACACACACACACAUACACACACACACACACACACAGACAGACACACACACACAGACGCACCUCCAUGUAAUAUUAUAGUUUUGUGACGUUCCAAUGGGGUUUUAAGCCUUCCUCUUUAGUGUGUAGAAAAGAGAGAGAGAGAGAGAAAAACAGAGAGUAAGUGUGGGUGCGUGUGUGUGUAAAUGUAUGAUUUAGGGCACGACAAGUUUAUAAUUCCUUUUCUUCUUGUGUAACGUGAUUUUUUGCUGGUUCGUUUAAAUAGGCCGUUAAUCGAGCGAUAAGAUGCUUGUGUGACGGGAUGAAUGAUAGACAGGCGUACACACACACACACACAAACGCGCGCACGCAUUGCCAUAAAAAAAACACCAAACCAUACCCCACCUAUUGCUAGAGUGGGUGGGAAAACACAAAAGUUCAAUGCAAUUGAGUGAGGAGUGUAUGGCGUACGGCAUCAAAUCCAAAGGACGAAAGCGCACACACACCCACGCCGAGAAGGGCACACGAAGGGCAAAGGAAGACAAAAAGCAAGCGGGGGGAGCAAAUUGAAAUAGGCCAUUUUUUUAGGUGAAAAAAGCUAAAAAACACACACACAAACACGAUUGCGUUCAAAUUUAAAUUUUGCGCAUCGGUAGCCUCUCUAUUGUAAUUGUUUUCCUUUUUUUAUUUAGAAGCUUUUUUAACAAACCCCCAACAUCAGUACCAAUCCGUGAGCCCUUGCAGCCCUCUUUCUCCUUUGUAUAGCGGCAAGGAAAGCAAGAACAGCAUUUUUUAAUCUAAUUUACUCCAUUUGCCUUUUGAUAACUUCAGAACAGAAAAAAUAUUAAAAAUAAUUAAAAACAAACCAAACGGAACAAAAUAAUAAAGCGCACAGUAGCGGAGAACAAAGCCGAACAAAGUGGGCAGGUUUGAGGCAGGUUUUUGGGGCAGGAGCGUCCACGUGGCCGUUAGCGUUGCAACGGCUCUGCAAUAAAUUGUGCCAUGAGAGAAAAGGGAAGACGAACUGCAAAUGAUAGAAGGGAAGGUAUGAGAAGGUUUGAAAAGAAAAGAACAAAGCUAUUUGCUUCAUCCUCCACUUUCACUAUUGACAAUAGAAAGCCAGAUAGAGCGCUGUGCGUGUGUGUAUGUGUGUGGUUUAAGACAUAAACAAAAAAGACAGGAAAAUAGAGGUUAACAGAAAGAUACAGUAAAACAGUUGACUAACAGUCUCAUAGCGUGUGCUAGACGUGUUGUGUGUGUAGUGUAGCCAUGGGCAAGCCAAGAGGGUAUUAGUAGUGUGGUGGUAGUAGCAGUACUUUGUAGUAGCUGAGGUCUAGUGUCUAGUGUUAGUCGAGCCGGUAGCAGUAGGUUGGCUGAAGCGCGCGCGCGCGCGCAGAUUGAUUAGCAGGAGCAGGAACGAACGAAAGCAAACAAAAACCGCAGCGCAAGAAAUGAUAAGGAAGAGUUCAUGAAAACAAACAAACAAAAUUGUGCCUUUUCUUGGUCCUUUCCACGAGCCUUUCAAUAAGCAGCAGCAGCAGCAGCAGCCGCAUGCUAGCCACUUUUCAAGCGAAAACGUCUAAACUAAACUCAAUACACACAAACAAACAAGUAUGAUAAUAAUUAGUAACGCAGUGAAUGUUAGUAGUAAAGCAGCAGCAGCAGCAGCAGCAGCAGCAGAAAGCUUCACUAUACAGCCCGGCCUUUUAAACCCAUUUCACUGUUGCGCUUUGCAACGGAACACAGAAAACUGCAAAGAAAAACACAUCCUUAGACGACUGCCUGACGCUUGCCUGCCUUUUUGCCAGCCAAUUAUGUUCUCCAAUACACAAAAAAUACAGUACCGCACAUAAACGCACCGCUGCGCCCACUUGCUCGUUUGCGUGUCGGCUUGCGCAUGGUGCGGUUCGUCGCGCAGCGCGUUUAGCUCUCCGUGUCACCGUUGUUGGUUUACGUUUUCUCCUGGGGCUACAGAGCUACUAGGGGUGUGUUUGUAAUCACGAGCACACGAUGUCUACAAUAUAUCAGUAUUACCAGUAAUAACCACAGCAAUAUUUAACAUACACAAGCGCACACACAGACACUCACGCGUGAAGAAAUCCUUGCAAGGCUUGCUUGGAUUGUUACUAUUAUUGAUCGACCGCGACGGGAGUGACAGUUGCCCAGGAAUACGUAGUGGACUCUUCGCAAUGCAGUACCAAGAUUGUUUGUAUGUGUGUGAGUGAGAGUGUAUUUGUAUGUGUGUGUGUGUUUAAUUUCAAACCACGUUGCCAUUUCGAAUAUUGCGCGUUGAGUGCCUCUAGUUCGCGCGAUUAGUAUUUUUGUUUAGUAAGGGAUCGGUACAUGUAUCCGAAUAGUGUAGAGUAGAACAACAAAACACACACAAAUAGUUUUUUUUUUGUUAAAUGGUGUGUGUGUGUGCGUGUGUGUAGCAUAAUAACCCACUGAGAGUGUUUGUGUCGGUCUUCUUUUUUUUUGUCGAGCUGAAUAGAACCUCCAGUAUUUAUGGUCAAGCUUAUGGUAAGGCUUACUGUGUAUGAAAUACUAAGAUGAUUGAGAGAAGAAGAGGAAGAGCAAGUGAAAAAUAAGGGAAAGGGUUCUCAAAACGAUAGAAUCGAGUAAAAGAAGAAAACAAAAGAAUAAAGAAUAUAAACAGAAAUAUAAUACAUGAAGAGCACAGAAAAGGACAGUAAAAGCAGAACAGAACAGAACAAGAAAAAGAAAAAGAUAG